AUGAGCUUAGCUCCAUAUGCUGACUGCCCACCGAAUUCAUUUCUGUGUCAUACUGGAGAAUGUCUGCCCACGCUGCUGGUACAUCCAUGUGAUGGAAUCGGCCAGUGCCCUGAUGGCAGCGAUGAGUUAGAUUGCCUUACCAGCAUGAGUUACGGAACAGAAGGUUAUCAACCGCCGAAUUCAAAUGUUGCCGUGACGACGGUUUUCCCGACGAUUGCGGCCUGUAUAGUUUUAGUGAUCAGCAUGCUUGUUGGCAUCAAAAAAUGCCGUCAGUGGGAAAUGGAUCGAGUAGUGGAAAUGCGUAAUUUAUUUUUAAUUAGAAUUGCUUCGGUUCUAACUUUUUGA